ACCUGCCGGGUACCAGCAGCCUGAGGCGGGGGCUGCGCUGCGGCGGCGGCCGAGGAGCUGCGCCCCCGCUGAGCGAGGAGGAGGAGGAGGAGGAGGAGGAGGAGGAGCAGCCGCCCCCGCUCCAUGAGCGGCGCCCGCCCGCCCCGCUCUGCCCAGGGGACCCGCGGCCGGCGGCCGCCGCAGCGCCAGCAGCAUGUGGAGCCCGACCGAGGAGGAGAAAUACGGCGUGGUGAUAUGCAGCUUCCGAGGAGCUGUGCCGCAGGGCUUGGUCCUGGAGCUGGGUGAGACCGUGCAGAUCCUGGAGAAAUGUGAAGGGUGGUACAGAGGUGUUUCCAUUAAGAAGCCCAAUGUGAAGGGGAUUUUUCCAGCAAAUUAUAUUCACUUGAAAAAGGCAAUUGUCAGUAACAGAGGGCAAUAUGAAACAGUUGUUCCACUUGAAGAUUCUGUUGUGACUGAGGUCACAGCAACACUACAGGAAUGGGCUGUGCUCUGGAAGCAGCUGUAUGUGAAGCAUAAGGUAGAUCUUUUCUACAAACUGCGCCAUGUGAUGAAUGAACUCAUUGACCUGCGCAGACAGCUGCUGUCAGGUCACUUGACGCAGGAUCAGGUGCGAGAGGUCAAGAGGCACCUCACAGUGAGGCUGGACUGGGGCAAUGAGCAUUUGGGCCUAGAUUUAGUUCCUCGAAAGGACUUUGAAGUUGUGGAUUCCGAUCAGAUCAGUGUGUCAGAUCUCUAUAAAAUGCAUUUGUCAAGUAGACACAGCGUCCAGCAGAGCACAUCACAGGUGGAUACAAUUCGUCAGCGUCACGGAGAUGCUUGCCGUAUGCCAGUGCCUCAUCACUUCUUCCUCAGUCUAAAGAGCUUCACCUACAAUACAAUCGGAGAAGACACUGAUGUCUUUUUUUCUUUAUAUGAUGUUCGAGAAGGCAAACAAAUCAGUGAGAGAUUUAUGGUGAGGUUAAACAAGAAUGGAGGCCCCAGGAAUCCAGAGAAGAUAGAUCGAAUGUGUGCACUGUUCACAGAUCUCAGCAGCAAGGAUAUGAAGAGGGAUUUGUACAUAGUUGCCCAUGUAAUUCGAAUUGGUCGCAUGUUGCUAAAUGACUCAAAAAAAGGGCCCCCACAUUUACACUAUCGCCGUCCCUAUGGCUGCGCGGUGUUGAGCAUCAUGGAUGUACUUCAGUCAAUCACUGAGAUAAAAGAAGAAAAGGAUUUUGUUCUCAAAGUUUACACGUGUAACAACGAAAAUGAGUGGUGUCAGAUCCAUGAAAACAUCAUUCGCAAGUCCAGCACCAAAUACACAGCACCCAGCUCCAACUAUGGACUUAUAAUAUCUCUUCAGCUUCUUCGUGGUGACAUGGAGCAGGUUCGAAGGGAAAACCCCAUGAUCUUUAACAGGGGGGUUUCUGUUACCAGAAAGCUGGGUUUCCCUGAUGUCAUAAUGCCAGAGAUGAAGAUAGUUGGGUGUGACAUCCGCAAUGACUUAUACCUGACAUUAGAAAAGGGAGACUUUGAAAGAGGUGGGAAAAGUGUGCAGAAGAACAUUGAAGUGACCAUGUAUGUUCUGUAUGCAGAUGGAGAAAUCUUGAAGGACUGCAUCAGCCUGGGCUCAGGAGAGCCAAGCAGAAGCGCCUACCACUCCUUUGUCCUUUACCACAACAACAGCCCCCGAUGGGGGGAAAUCAUCAAGCUGCCCAUCCCCAUUGACAGGUUUCGUGGGUCUCACCUCCGCUUUGAGUUCAGACAUUGCUCCACAAAAGACAAGGGAGAAAAGAAGCUCUUUGGGUUUGCAUUCACUCCGUUGAUGAGAGAUGAUGGCACUACCUUGUCGGAUGACAUCCAUGAGCUUUAUGUCUAUAAGUGUGAUGAGAACAGCACAUUUAAUAACCACGCGCUCUACCUGGGGCUGCCCUGCUGCAAAGAGGACUACAAUGGCUGCCCCAAUAUUCCUUCCAGUCUCAUUUUCCAGCGCAGCACCAAAGAGUCCUUUUCAGUCUCCACUCAGCUUUCUUCUACCAAACUGACCCAGAAUGUGGAUUUGCUUGCCCUACUGAAAUGGAAGGCUUAUCCUGAUCGUGUGAUGGAUAUUCUAGGAAGACUGAGACAUGUCAGUGGCGAGGAAAUCGUUAAGUUCCUUCAAGACAUUCUGGACACGCUGUUCGUAGUUCUGGAUGACAACACCGAGAAGUACGGCCUGCUGGUCUUUCAGUCUUUGGUGUUCAUCAUCAAUCUGCUGCGUGACAGCAAGUAUUUUCAUUUUCGACCUGUGAUGGACACUUACAUUCAGAAGCACUUUGCAGGAGCAUUGGCUUAUAAAGAAUUGAUCCGAUGUUUGAAGUGGUACAUGGACCGUUCAGCUGAGCUUGUACGCCAAGACCACAUCCAGGAAGCAAUGAGAGCCUUGGAAUAUCUUUUCAAGUUCAUUGUCCAAUCUCGGAUCCUUUACUCCAGAGCUACUUGUGGAAUGGAAGAGGAGCAGUUCCGCUCCAGCAUCCAAGAGCUUUUCCAGUCCAUCAGAUUUGUGCUCAGCUUGGACAGCAGGAGUUCGGAGACUCUCAUCUUCACACAGGCUGCUUUGCUGAACUCCUUCCCCGCUAUCUUUGAUGAGCUGCUGCAGAUGUUCACUGUGCAGGAAGUAGCGGAGUUUGUGAGGGGCACUCUGGGCAGCAUGCCCAGCACUGUGCACAUCGGGCAGUCAAUGGACGUCGUUAAGCUCCAGUCCAUUGCACGCACUGUCGACAGCCGCCUGUUCUCCUUCUCAGAGUCCCGGCGCAUUCUGCUUCCUGUGGUUCUUCACCACAUUCACCUUCACCUGCGACAGCAGAAGGAGCUGCUCAUCUGCUCGGGGAUUCUGAGUAGUAUCUUCUCCAUCAUCAAGACCAGCUCUCUGGAGGGAGAUGUCGUGGAGGAGGUUGAGAUGAUGGUGGAAAGCCUCCUGGAUGUGCUUUUACAAACUCUGCUAACAAUCAUGAGUAAAUCGCAGUCUCAGGAGGCGGUAAGAGGGCAGCGUUGCCCGCAGUGCACAGCAGAAAUCACUGGAGAAUACGUGUCCUGUCUUUUAUCUCUGCUUCGUCAGAUGUCAGACACUCAUUUCCAGCACUUGCUGGACAACUUCCAAAGCAAGGAUGAGCUAAAGGAAUUCCUGCUGAAGAUUUUCUGUGUGUUUCGGAACCUUAUGAAAAUGAGUGUUUUUCCUCGAGACUGGAUGGUGAUGAGGUUGCUCACCAGCAAUAUCAUAGUUACAACAGUUCAGUACCUGUCUUCUGCACUGCACAAGAAUUUCACAGAAACGGACUUUGACUUUAAAGUGUGGAACUCUUAUUUCAGCCUGGCAGUGCUGUUCAUAAACCAACCAAGCCUCCAACUAGAAAAUGCCACUCCAGCUAAGAGAAAGAAGAUAUUAGAUAAAUAUGGUGAUAUGAGAGUGAUGAUGGCAUAUGAGCUCUUCAGCAUGUGGCAGAACCUGGGGGAGCAUAAGAUACACUUUAUUCCGGGAAUGAUUGGCCCCUUCCUUGGUGUGACGCUCGUCCCGCAACCAGAAGUCCGGAAUAUCAUGAUUCCCAUCUUCCAUGACAUGAUGGACUGGGAGCAGAGGAAGAACGGCAACUUCAAACAGGUGGAAGCAGAGCUGAUCGAUAAGCUGGACAGCCUGGUAUCCGAAGGGAAAGGUGACGAGAACUACAGAGAACUCUUCAGCCUGCUAACUCAGCUCUUUGGGCCCUAUCCCAGUUUGCUGGAGAAGAUUGAGCAGGAGACGUGGCGGGAGACUGGGAUCUCUUUUGUCACGUCGGUUACUCGCCUCAUGGAGCGCCUGCUUGACUACAGGGACUGCAUGAAAGGCGAUGAAACAGAGAACAAGAAAAUCGGUUGCACAGUUAACCUUAUGAAUUUCUAUAAGUCAGAGAUUAACAAGGAGGAGAUGUACAUCCGCUACAUCCACAAGCUGUGUGACAUGCACUUACAGGCUGAGAACUACACAGAGGCUGCAUUUACUUUGCUUCUGUACUGUGAGUUGCUUCAGUGGGAGGACAGACCUCUGAGAGAGUUCCUGCAUUACCCAUCUCAGUCAGAGUGGCAACGUAAGGAAGGUCUGUGCCGUAAGAUUAUCCAUUACUUCAACAAAGGGAAGAGCUGGGAGUUUGGAAUCCCGCUGUGCAGAGAGCUGGCCAUGCAGUACGAAAAUCUCUACGACUACCAGAGCCUCAGCUGGAUUCGGAAAAUGGAAGCCACCUAUUACGAUAAUAUCAUGGAGCAGCAGCGCCUGGAACCCGAGUUCUUCAGAGUUGGUUUUUAUGGUCGGAAGUUCCCAUUCUUCCUGCGGAACAAAGAAUACGUGUGUCGGGGCCACGAUUAUGAGAGGCUGGAAGCCUUCCAGCAGAGGAUGCUGAGCGAGUUCCCACAAGCCAUUGCAAUGCAGCAUCCAAACCACCCAGAUGACUCUAUAUUACAGUGCGAUGCUCAGUAUUUACAGAUCUAUGCUGUGACUCCCAUCCCGGACAACAUCGACGUGCUGCAGAUGGACCGUGUCCCUGACCGCAUCAAGAGCUUCUACCGGGUCAACAACAUCCGGAAGUUCCGCUAUGACAGGCCGUUCCACAAAGGCCCAAAGGACAAGGACAAUGAGUUUAAGAGUUUAUGGAUUGAACGCACCACUCUGACCUUGACUCACAGCUUACCUGGCAUCUCCCGUUGGUUUGAAGUGGAGAGAAGAGAACUGGUUGAAGUCAGUCCUUUGGAAAAUGCCAUUCAAGUGGUUGAGAACAAAAACCAGGAGUUGAGAACGCUGAUAAGCCAGUACCAGCAUAAACAAAUGCAUGGUAACAUUAAUCUUCUCAGCAUGUGUCUGAAUGGGGUGAUUGAUGCAGCUGUGAAUGGGGGAAUUGCACGAUACCAGGAGGCCUUUUUUGAUAAAGAUUAUAUCACAAAGCACCCUGGAGACGCAGAGAAGAUCACGCAGCUCAAGGAGCUCAUGCAGGAACAGGUGCAUGUCUUAGGAGUGGGGCUGGCAGUCCAUGAGAAAUUUGUCCAUCCAGAAAUGCGUCCUCUGCAUAAGAAACUGAUAGACCAGUUCCAGAUGAUGAGAUCUAGUUUGUACCAUGAGUUACCUGGUUUGGAUAAGCUGAGUCCAGCCUGCUCUGGCAGUAGCACACCACGCAGCAACGUUCUGGUCUCACAUGGACCUAUGAGCCCAGAGAGCAUAAAGCUGCUGCAUCGACACAGCCCGCUGAACUUGCUUGGCUCAGUCCGACACUCAUCAUCCUCUUUGUCAUCCCACACCUCCAGCGAAACAGGGAACCUGGUUAUCCUAACAGACAGCUCUGUGGGGGAGGCUGCAGAGGAGAUGUAUCACAUGCAGGCCAGUCCAUCCACAUCAAGCCUGAGCUCCACACACUCGGCACCAUCCCAGAUGAUUAAUUCUGCUCCUUCCAGUGCACGAGUGCUGAUGAAAGGUGGUGGAUUGACAACACUGGAGGCUGAAGCCCUCUAUUUACCCACAGAACAGAUACAGCAUGGGCGGCAGCCGUGCAAGCUUCCCCACGCUGCCCCCUCCAAUGUGCCUCAUCUCUGUCCUGGAGGGACCACCUCUAGAGGCUCUCCCUCUCUACCAGAUAAGUACCGCCACACUCGGGAGCUGAUGAUGUUGCUGCCAACCCACCGGGACCGGCCGAGCAGCGCCAUGUACCCUGCAGCUAUCAUGGAAAACGGACAGCCUCCAAAUUUUCAGCGCGCCUUGAUGCAGCAAAUGAUUGGACCAUGCAAACCUUGCAGCGAUCCCAACCUCUCCGUGGCUGAGAAAGCUGUGCCAGCAGCACCCAGUAGCUGGAGCCUAGACAGCGGAACCAGAGAGGCCCUGCCAUUCCUGUCUGCCCACGUUGGGAGCAUCUUGGCCCCACCAGUACCUCCCCGAAGCCUGCCCCAUGGACACUACUCGCUGCACUUUGAUGCCUUCCAUCACCAGCUCAGCGAUGCUCCUCCAGCACUGCCUGCACGAACGUUGCGCAAGUCCCCUCUUCAUCCCAUCCCUGCAUCCCCCACCAGUCCGCAGUCUGGUCUAGAUGGAAGCAACUCCACUUUAUCCGGCAGCGCAAGCAGCGGCGUCUCCUCCUUGAGCGAGAGUAAUUUCGGACAUUCCUCUGAGCCACCUCCUCGCACAGACACCAUGGAUUCUGUCCCCAGCCAGGCCUGGAACACUGACGAAGAUCUAGAGACACCCUACCUCCCUGUCAGGUACAGUCUCUCUGAGCCUGAUGUCCUCGAGUCGCUGAAAUCCCAGCCAUGCCGAAGCCACUCAGCUCCAUCAGGAGUCAUCCCUCAGGACACCCUGGACCCUCCUGCUCUACCCCCCAAACCUUACCACUCCCGGCUGCCAAACAUAGAGAAUGAGGAGGGAAUGAUAAUUGAAGACGAUGACAAACACCGCCAGUUGCAUCGUAAAGUGUCCCAGCCAGUGAGUGGUGGAAAGGAAGAGCAGGCCAGGGUAGCAUGGGAGCACGGCAUCGGUGAGCAGUAGGAACAACUGCUGGUAAGCAGCUUGCGUCGUCAUUCCAGGUGUGACCGGAACGCAGAUUGCUGAGGACUCGGAGAACAGCAAGCUGACUUCUACUGCCACAAGCCUGGCUGGAGCCCGCGUACGCAGCUGGGCCAGCAAGGGAGGUUGCUGCUUUCCUUUCAAAAUUCCUUUUACACCUUUCCGUCACGCUCUUUAACUUCCUGUGCAGUGGAUGGUUACUCCUUCUGCAGCUUCUUAACCGCACCACAUGGCACAAAAGCCAUAGAGACUUGCAGAAGCUGAAAAAUACAAUUUUAAGCGGAGGGGGAAGAAGGAGGAAAGGUGGCAAGCUGAUUCUGAACCUGCUUUCCUCCCAGCUCUGGGACACACUUGAGUAGAAGCGGUUGCACUAGGGACAUAUUUUGUUGCUGUACAGAAGUGAAAGCUCAUUGCUGAAAUCAGGGAUUUUAUGAACUGUCAGUCUGGAAGGUGCAUGAGCAGCAGGCAGUGGGAAGAUGGCAAAAGAUAUUGGCUCUUUUGAGAGCAGGAUUGUACAUAUCUGUGCAGUGAUCUCCCUGCAUUGGUUCAUAGGUGCUGAGGCAAUCUAACCAGUGCUGAUGCACUGAUUUCCAAGAUACCAUUUCCAACAAACUCUGCCUCCUUUGUUUUUUAUGUACUGUUUGAUUUCUUAAAUUUUGCUUUCACUGGCUAAACCAACCUGCUUUCUCAUUGGAGUCAUGCUGUUCAUCUGUGCUACAGGAUGAGGGGGAGGUUAGUAGCCACUGGAGCUGUGACCUGAUUGUAGGCCUUUCCCAUGCCCAGCUUCGGGCAGGCUGUCGACACCAGCAUUUCUAUUCCAGUUAAAAGAAAACAGAAAGUUUUUCAUGCCACAGCUGGUUGAUGACUCACCGGUAAAGAAAACGUGGCUUAAAUGCAUCAUAUCCACUCCUUGCCUCAGGGCUGAACGCCACAAUUCUCACCAACUUCCAUCGCCCAGGAGCUGAGAUCCAUUCCCCAAAACCAUCAUUCCUCAGCCCCCCUCCAAAAGUCACUGCAGCUGGUGUGCAGGAUGCCCACCUGUCACAGUAAGCAAUGCCCAGUGUAGCGUGCACCCUAGAGUCAGGAAUCUUAAAGGCAACCUGUAAAGAAGGAACUUUUCUUUCCUCUUUUGCUUCUUUAGGAUGUAUGAAGAAGUUGUGAGAGCUUCUCCUCCUCUCUUUUUGAAGGUGUUGGUUCUUGUCUCCUCGUGUGGCAAUACAGCCUUCCCCCUGCCUUUUUUUUUAUGGUUGGGCUCCAGAAAGGGAUGAAGAAUUCAGUGCAGGAGGGAGAUUUAGAAAAGAGGGAAAAAAACCAACAAAAACAAGUAACAGAACUAUGCGAAAGUGGAGUCAGUACAAAGGUGUGUGCAACAAGCCUUUUAAUCGGUGUUUGCUUAGCUGAGUGACAUUACAGGACAGGGAAAAAGUUCUGUGGUAACAGAGGCAAGACCUGCGGUGUGAAAAGAACGAGAAGAAAACUUCUAUUCCUAUUGUCAUAUUUUUCAGGAAACUUUUGAUCAGAAGAGCAGGUAUCUGGUGUUUAAGUACAGUAAGUAAUGCUUUUUCCUGCUGCCAUGCCCGCACACAUUUUGGCCUUCCCUUACGUUCAUUUCCACCCAUAGACUGCAAAGCACACUCCAGAUGAUGGUAAGUUACCACUGAAAAACCUGAAGCACAUUCAAACAAAAGACUUACCUCCACCAUGUAAAUUAGGGUCAGAAAUAGGAAUGGCAUCAACGUGCCCUGUUCUUCCCCUAGACACUCAGUUUCUUUUGCUACAAACAGCUUAAAGAAGCAGAAAAGGAUCCACAUCUUUUACAGGUCACCUUUAGCACUACCUCUGACUACAGUGACUGGGCAGAGUACAUUGCUUCUGAACUCCUCAAGAUGGUCCGUCUGUACAAAGCCUGGGCUUGGUCAGCUGUCGUACGAAGGGGAUUUUAAGAGGAUUUCUUUCUUUCCUUUCUCGAGCUCCAGCCCAUACAAAAGUAAUAAAUUACGGUUUUGUUUCUUAAAUGGCCCAUUUGGCUGGAACAAAGUCUCUUGUGCUUCCUCUGCUUUGUUACUAACAUAACAUAGGCUGCUUGUAAUCCCUACAACCUUCACAGUUAAGAGGAGAAUGAUGUUAAAAAGCGGCAUAAGGUGGACAUUUCAUCUCUAAGAGGAGUAGAACCGCCCUAACUGUUAGUGAACCAGGCCAGGUCUCUGCUAUAGCACACAGGUACAAAAAGCUCAAUUCAGAGUUACGUUUUCAAUGAAGGUAAGUCAAGGUAAUUCCUUAGAAGUGAGUGAAAUAUUUUCAUGUUGUUCUGUAUUUUGAGGUUCUUAGGAAUUUUUGAGAGAAUGAAGUACUCCGUUCCAUCUCCCUGACCAUGUUUGGGUUUGGUUGCUUUUGGGGGUUCUUUCUUUUUUUCUUUUUUGAUGGGAAGGUUGAAAGUAGUGAAUGAUACACUGAAAUUCCUCAUUGUAUAUUAACAACAACAACAACAACCAGCAGGUUCUGCAAAUAAGAGUGUGAAAGCAAGUAACACGGGGCAAAGACCCAAUCAGCUGGAAGGCCUUCCCUGGAGCUCCCAUCAGUCCCACACAGUGCAGCACCUCGCUCUGAUUAGAGGGGCUGUACGGCAGCAGUCUGACCAUUCUGAGUGUCUGCCAUAACUGCCUGUUUGUAGGGGGUUGAAGACAAUGGUGUGUACAGAUACCCGCUUUAUGGCAGGUGCGCACAAAGGAGGAUGGAAUAAAUUACUGAAUUUACUAAAUUUGAGCCUCCGUGGAGUGAAAUUUCUGUCAUUCUGAUAUCUACUGCGCAUCCUGUCGCCCUUUUCAGUGCUUAAUGUAAAGGGUGUGGAAGAUGGACUGCUGUUAGGUUUUGUGAAUGCUGGAACAAAUACUUUGUGGAACUAAUCCUUCUCUGGAGGGUGGGGUGGCUUUCUAGCAUAGUGCAAGGCCAUCAGUAAGCUCAGUCCUGGAGCAGGUGGAAGCAACAGCAGUUUGUUGCACUGGUGCAACAGGAUUUGAAGAUUCUUUGUACAAACCACAGUAACGGGAUGCUUUGAACAGGACCCGUUUGUUCUGCACUUAACUCUGAUUCAGACGUAAUGCAUCCUCGCCUUCCUUGGGUUUUCUUUGCGUAACAGAAUAGCAUGUGCAUACCUGAAACAACCGGUGGAAUUCUGCAGCACAUCUCUCCAUCACGAGCGUUACCUGCUGGCCCCAUCUGGAACAGAAACGAGAAGAAAAGCAGUUACAAUUGUUGUCUGGAUCCUACCCAUUUUUUUCAGUGGCUGGGUUGGUUUUAUUGCUGUGUGCAAAACUACGAUUCUUAUCCAUCCUUUCCUCCUUCAUUUACUUUUUAGCCUGCUUACCAUUUUUCAGGUAAGGGAUAUCCCGUAUCCCUGCUGUGGGAGAAUCAGCCAAAACUGGGGAGGCUGAAGAGAGCAAAAGCCUUUGGGAAACAAAUCAAGUGAUACUUAAAAUGCCCUCUAUUCAUGCUUCUUUGUAAAUACCCCCAUUUGAAUGCUGUGUAUUUGUACAGGAAAUUGAGCAAAAAAUGUAUAGAUUGUGACGUCCGACUGGUAUUCUGCCCUGUAAAUGUGUUUUUAACCUCUGGCAUUCUGUGCUUAUUUAAAAAAGGCAAAAACCUCUAACCACUUCUCUUUUGUGUAUUCAUGUUUCAAAUCAAAUCAGAACAACUAUCUUAUCUAUAAUGGAAAUCACAUUGAAAAGGAAAAAAAAAUAAUUUGUACAAGUGUCCUAAAGGUACUUCAUUGUAUAUAUUGUGAUAGCAUGUUUCCAGAAUCAACAGAUAAGUGGUGUGAAUUUUAGAUGUAAAUAUCUGCUGUUUGUUUUGGGUUUCUUUCCCUUACCCAUUCACUCGACUGCUGUGAUGUGGAAUUAAAGAUUAAUACCUGA